GGCACAUGCAGCCAAAAGUGGGCAUUGAAAUCAAAACAAGAAAAAAAAAUUAUAGCACAAAUUCCACCGUGACUUGCAAUCCCACUUUCACUAGAUGAAAGUUUCCAUUUUUGCAAUUGCCACUCAUAUGGGUGCAAUGGGCAGAUGAAAUUGCAAACUUGGGCCACGUAGGAAUGAAAGUGGGGAGAGUCAAACCGAUGGAGAUGCUCUAACUAAUCACCGAUACUCCGGUCUCCGCCAGAUACUAUAUCUAUUAGAGAUAAUGUAAAAUAAAAUGUAUUUGCAGUUGAGACAAAGGAAUAUAAAGAUUCAGAGAUAGAGCAGCGCAAAGCAUGAAGAAUCAGCUUAUCUUGCCGAAACCAACGACGAUGCUCUGGAUUCGGACGACUUGUGUUGUCUUCUGUGAUUGUAGAUGCUGGUGCAACAGUUGAGCCAUCAAUAAAGCCGAUCAACCCCAAUCCCAUGAGCAGCGUUUCAAGUUGUGACCGCCAAGAAUUGAAGUUCGUUGGUGUGAGUUUCAGAGGCAAUUGUGCGGCUGGGUUGAAGGUGAUGAUAGAGUCGUCAGUGAACGCAACAGGUGCGGUAUUUGAAACAGAGGAGCCUGACAUGGUGACUGACUGUAGAGAUCACACAAGCAGGAAGAGAGGUAAGGCAAGUAAGAAUAAGAUUGGAUCGGAUCUAGCGGAGCGUUGCUAGCUCUGAUACCAUGAAAGAGUUUUGAGAAAAAAAGUAUGUGGAGAAUAUUUUGCUUGAUUCUCAUUGAGUGUAAAUCCAAACUAAUAUACAGGAGUUUACAACAGAAAGAUGCCCACGUUCCUAAAGGUUAGGAACUGAAUAGGUGUGGGAUACAUACGUGGGAAAUACAGAAAAUAAAAAAUACAUUUUAUUUUACAUUAUCUCUAAUAAUAUCUUUCAAAUUUU